AAGAAGCUCCGGAGUGCUCUUCCCCUUGCCACUUCUUGUGUGGGAUGCUGUUGCGCCAGCCGAAUGGCGACAGCGACGUAAUUUUAGCCGUGGAUUUGAACGCCUCGAGCACCGUACGUGUUAGACAGUUAGAGAAACUCUCGAGCUGAGUAGGGAAACAGAAACAUAACGCAACGUAAGGCAAGCGCGGCGCGCGUCAUGAGGCAAUGCCUAACCGAAAAGAGUUGCUUAUGAUGUGCUGAUGCCCUGCCAGUGUCUAAGGCCACCACUUCCUCCACCUCCGCAAUGCACCCAGACAUGGCCACUGGUCUCUCCAUGAUGCCCCCCUCCACCCUGUGGGAGAACAGCUCCUCCCUCCCGGGGGACGACUCCUACCUGCUCCUGAACGACUCCUCUGGGAACUGGACGCUAGUGGCAGGGGACAGCGGCGGUGGCGGGUUCAUGCCAAGCGUGGCGGGCAUGCUCAUCUCGCUGAUCUACGUGACUGUGUGCGUGGUGGGCCUGGGCGGCAACACCCUGGUGAUUCACAUCGUGCUGCACUACUCGCGUCCCGAGUCCAUCACCAACAUCUACAUCCUGAACCUGGCCAUCGCCGACGAGCUCUUCAUGCUGGGUCUGCCCUUCCUGGCCGUCCAGAACGCUCUGCUCUCCUGGCCGUUCGGCUCGCUCAUGUGCCGCCUGGUCAUGACGGUGGACGCCAUCAACCAGUUCACCAGCAUCUUCUGCCUGACGGUGAUGAGCAUCGACCGCUACCUGGCCGUGGUCCACCCCAUUCGCUCGGCCAAGUGGCGGCAGCCGCGCGUCGCCAAGGCCGUCAACGCCACCGUCUGGGCCGUCUCCAUGGUGACGGUGCUGCCGGUGGUGGUGUACGCCGACGUCCUGCGCGACGGCAACUGCAGCAUUGUGUGGCCCGAGCCCGCCGAGGUCUGGAAGGCCUCGUUCAUCGUCUACACGUCGGUCGUGGGCUUCUUCGCACCCCUGCUGGUCAUCUGCCUGUGCUAUCUGCUCAUCGUGGUCAAGGUGCGGAGCGCGGGGCGCAAGGCCCGAGCGGCCUCGGUGCGCCGGCGCAAGUCGGAGCGCAAGAUCACGCGCAUGGUGGUGGUGGUGGUGGCCGUGUUCGUGCUGUGCUGGCUGCCCUUCUACGUGCUCAACAUCGUCAACCUGCUGGUGCUGCUGCCGCCCGAGCUGCGCGGCCUCUACUACUUCGUGGUGGUGCUCUCGUACGCCAACAGCUGCGCUAACCCUAUCCUCUACGGUUUCCUGUCCGACAACUUCAAGCGCGGCUUCCGCAAGGCCCUGUGCCGCUCCUCCCGGAGGGUGGAGAGCCAGAGGGCAGGCGGAGGCGGGGGAGCGGCCGGUCAGAUGACCGGCGAGCAGCAGAGGCGCCCAGGGAGGGCAGCCACCGUGGGCGAAAGGCACCUGCCCGCCGAGGAGAUGCCCAAGUGGGAGCUGAACACCCAGAACAGCUUGAUAGCCACCAUGGUGGAGAUCUGCAAGAUCGCGCAGAAUGGUAACGGGUCAGUGGAGGGACCCAGGGGACGCUUCACACAGACAAGGAAGCUGGAGGCAGGCGCUGCCCCAGGGCACGAGACUAAUAACGGGGAUCUGACGCCAAGGGAAGGCCUCGGCUCGGGGCCCACAGUGGUCAUUCCCCUGGUGGUCAACGGAGCCCGGAGCGGCAACGUCAGAUCUCUCCCCGACGUCCCUGUGGAAAACAGCUCCGUGCUCGAAAUCAGCUACCUAUAACACGUUACCUGACUACGAGCUCUGAAUAAACCUGACUAUAAGUCCUGGUGUUCAUUAGCCAGGUAAUCAGGCUGUGAAUAGCAGCUGAAACCCUCAGGUCCAUGAAGGAAAAUAAUUUGAAGGAAAAAAAAACAAAAAAAACACACUAAGGAUAGGCCUAUGUAGAUUUAGAAAUGACUUCAAAUCCUUUGACUUAAUAACAUGACUUUCUCUCACGACUGAACAAAAGCAUGACUGUAGACAGACGUUGGCUCAGUUCCAGCAGAGUUUACAGUAGGUUCGCACUGGAGUAGAGGGGGAUACGUGUUGUUUGUGUACUGGUAUUCUGUAACCAUCACACGCUGCUGUACAAGCUGCCUCAUUCACGCAGCCAUCACGGUCCGCUUAGUUGUUUAACAUGUAAAACAAAGUGUCCUUGUCAUCACUGUUGGUUUUCCGCUAAUCAGUUUGUUUUUCUCCCCGGAUGUUCCUGGUGGAAAGUGCCUCACGCAUCAAAAAAAGAAAAACCUUGCAGCGAUCAUACAUUAGGCGAUCCACGUCCUAGGAAAUAAACAUGGAAAAUAAUCAUGCCAGCUUUAUCUCUGGAGAGAAAAUGAAGCUCAUUUUGCUGAAGGACAACAGGGUGUACAAUUAAAGCCAAUUUCAGUCUUCAUUAAAGCCAAUUUGCCGUCGGCUCCUCACGCUAUUAGGACCCGUGUGCUGGCUUCUCAGAAAUCCCCUAAUUGAUCCCAGCGGCUGCGCCUAAUCUCCGAUCGGCAACGCCGCUGAAUGGCGUGGACCUGAGCUGCCCUCCAGGGCUGCACGCCGAUCGGUUGAAAACCGAACAAUCACAUCAACCAUUGCUGACUGAAGGCUCUGUGGAAAAAACGGGACAGUUUGGCGAAGGCGGGAAAAAGAGCGUGCGUGGCCAACCGCCAUUUUCACGUUGCCUAUUUUAUGCGCUUGUGGAGCUCACAAUAGGUGCACCUGAGAGAAAAGAAUGCCAUUACAGCUUAGGUACGGCUAUUAGACACUGCGCAUUUGGGGAGAGAGUUGCGUGCCACGUGGACAUAAUCUGCCGAAUAAUUACACUUGUCAGAGAUGACUGCCAAAACAUAAUUUCACCAGUCACCCUCUUGCAGAAGCUUGACGUGCAUUUCAUGCACACUCAAUAUAGAGUACAUGCCCAUUAAAUCCCCAAUAAAGAAAAACCAAAUAUGUACAACCUUAACACAACAGCAAAGAUGGGAUAGCAUGCAGAUACACACACGUCCAAAUUUUUGAAGUUGUAAGAAGAACUGUCUUCUCUUUCCCCUUCUUAAUCUGUGGCAUGGUUGCUUUAGAGAGAAAAAACUAUGACAACGUGUUUAUUUGAAGGUUAAGUGGGAGUCCUGUAUUUAAAUUUGUGUUUGUGACUUUCCAGUUGAGUGGGCAUUGUGCUGCUAGCAGCUAUCAUGAGUUGUGUGAAGUGGCAGAUUAAAACAUGCUGUGUUGAA